UGUGACAUAUAAAAGCUGUUAGCUGCUCCUGCAGCCAGCAGCAUUCAAACCUUGCAGAGUUUUGCUCUCUGAGAGCUUGUAAUAAGACACACUCUUAUAAGAGUUCAUGCUACAACCUAGCAAAGAACUUUAAAUUUUUGGAAGAACAAUAUAUUCAUUUUGGCAUUCUGCAGAGAUACUAACUCUAUCUUUCUCCUUUAAAGCAAAGUACACUUGGUGGCCUCUCCUCCUCCAUCCCUCAAAAUGAUAGCAGUCUCUGCAGUCAGCAGUGCACUCCUCUUCUCCCUUCUCUGUGAAGCAAGUGCCGUGGUCUUACUCAAUUCCACUGACUCAUCCCCGCCAACCAAUAAUUUCACUGAUAUUGAAGCAGCACUAAAAGCACAACUAGAUUCUGCGGAUAUCCCCAAAGCCAGGCGGAAGCGCUACAUUUCGCAGAAUGACAUGAUCGCCAUUCUUGAUUAUCAUAAUCAAGUUCGGGGCAAGGUGUUCCCACCGGCAGCAAACAUGGAAUAUAUGGUUUGGGAUGAAAAUCUUGCAAAAUCUGCGGAGGCGUGGGCAGCUACUUGCAUCUGGGACCAUGGACCUUCUUAUUUACUGAGAUUUUUGGGCCAAAACCUUUCUGUACGAACUGGAAGAUAUCGCUCUAUUCUCCAGUUGGUCAAGCCAUGGUAUGAUGAGGUGAAAGAUUAUGCUUUUCCAUAUCCUCAGGAUUGCAACCCCAGAUGUCCUAUGAGAUGUUUUGGCCCCAUGUGCACCCAUUAUACACAGAUGGUUUGGGCCACCUCCAAUCGGGUAGGAUGUGCAAUUCAUACUUGUCAAAACAUGAAUGUCUGGGGAGCUGUGUGGCGACGUGCAGUUUACCUGGUAUGCAACUAUGCCCCAAAGGGCAAUUGGAUUGGAGAAGCACCCUAUAAAGUAGGAGUACCAUGUUCUGCUUGCCCUCCAAGUUACGGAGGAUCUUGUACUGAUAAUCUUUGUUUUCCAGGAGUAACAUCAAACUACCUAUACUGGUUUAAAUAAGCUUAUCUUUUCCUCCAGGAAACAGAAUGUUUUCUGGGACUCAUAGGCAUAUAUAUAUAUUGAGUUUUGCACAUAUUAUACAUAUUUUAUAAUAAUCUUGUUUUCCUUUUAUUAUUCCUUGUAUAAAUUAGUGUUUGUCUAGUAUGUUUGUUUCAUCUUUGAGGUAAUCAAAACAUCCAUUUCUAUCUUCUGACCUCUAAGCCCAAGUUAAAAUGGUGUCUAUGUAGUAUUGACAUAGUUGAGACAUCCAGUUCUAAAACUUACUUUCCAAAGGAGAGAUGUUACAUUUGUGAGGAAUAAA